AUGGGCGGUAGUUUGAUAAGAACCAGUUGUCACGGAGUCAGAAAUCUGUUUCAGAUGGCCGAGGCGGAAGACAGCGGUGGGGUGGGCCGGCUGUCAAGGCUUGAGGCCAGCUAUCUGGAUGGACCGUCCAAGAGCAGUACCGCUUUGUCUUUCGAAGCACUCCUCGACACCCUCAUCUGUUUAUAUGAUGAGUGCUGCAGCAGCACAUUGCGGAAGGAAAAGUGUGUAGCUGAAUUUGUUGAAUCUGUGAAACCCGUCGUAACGCAAGCUAAAGAGCUGCGAUUAUGCCGCGACGAUUUCGAGCUCUUGAAAGUAAUUGGAAAGGGAGCCUUCGGCGAAGUGGCCGUUGUAAGAAUGCGUGGUGUUGGAGAGAUCUAUGCCAUGAAGAUUCUCAACAAGUGGGAGAUGUUGAAGCGAGCAGAAACGGCAUGUUUCCGAGAAGAACGAGAUGUGCUCGUCUACGGCGACCGUCGUUGGAUAACUAGCCUACACUUUGCAUUCCAAGACGAAAAAAAUCUGUAUUUCGUCAUGGACUACUAUGUUGGCGGAGAUAUGUUGACGCUGUUGUCGAAAUUCGAAGAUCGCAUUCCUGAAACCAUGGCCCGGUUUUAUAUCGCGGAAAUGGUGCUCGCCAUUGAUUCCAUUCACAAUUUGGGAUAUGUCCAUCGUGAUGUGAAACCAGAUAAUGUUCUUCUUGACAUACAUGGACAUAUACGGCUGGCUGAUUUUGGUAGCUGUCUUCGGCUACUACCUGAUGGAACCGUCGCCUCCAAUGUUGCCGUUGGAACACCAGAUUAUAUAUCGCCAGAGAUUCUACGCGCAAUGGAAGAUGGUAAAGGGCAUUAUGGCAAGGAGUGCGAUUGGUGGUCUCUUGGCAUUUGCAUGUAUGAAAUGCUCUAUGGUAACACGCCUUUUUAUUCUGAGCGGCUGAUCGACACGUACGGGAAGAUUAUGAGUCAUCAGGACAUGUUGGACUUCCCAGAUGAGGAUGUUGACUGGACAAUUUCGGAGGAAGCCAAAGAUUUGAUACGACGGUUGAUUUGUCCGAGAGAGGUUCGAUUGGGUAAAGGUGGUUUUGCUGAUUUUCGCGACCAUCCAUUUUUCGCUGGUGUGGAUUGGGCUACUAUAAGAGACUGUGAGAUUUCAAAUUUUUUCUUUCGGAAGCAAACUAAUGGUUCAUAUCCAUAUGAGCUUGUUUUAGCCGACCCACCCUACCACCCGGAAGUUUCGAGUCCGACGGACACGUCAAACUUUGAUGUGGACAUUUGUGAGGACGACUUUACGCCAUGCGAAACUCAACCACCUCGUGUUACUGCCGCUUUUACGGGUCAUCAUCUUCCAUUCAUUGGCUUCACCUAUACACAUGGGAGUUUACUCUCUGAUGCGAAGUCGCUGGGUGAAUGCUUGUCGCGUGACAAGCCCGGGGUAGGCGAUCAGUCUGCUGGAGCUGAAGCCUACGAGAAGCGAUUAAGAGAGCUAGAAGUCGAGAAGCAUGAUUUGGCAAGGAAGUGUCAAGAAGCCAAUCAGCUUGUCCAAUCAUUUGCUGGCGAGUCAAGAUCAGAUGAGGAUAAGAACUACGAGCAGACAAUAGCCCAGCUUCGAGAUGAGAUUCAGGCAAGAAUGGCAGUCGCGUUAGGAUUGCACUAUAGAUGCGAAUCACUUAUUUUCCAGAUCUUAAAGACGCGACUUGCUGAUGAAACAGCGUCGAAAGAACGUGCUGCGACGGCAAAAGACCCCGACGUCGAAGAUCUGGAGAAGAAAGUUCGCGAGUUGAAAGAAAAGAAUCGGCAGCUGAUUUUGGAGAAAACUGAGCUGCAGAGGGAGCUUGAAGAAGGCGCAGAGAAGUUGACGAUACAGACAAAAGAAUGGAAAGAAGCCAUCAAACAUCGUGAAUCGGCAAAGGCAGACUUCGAAGAGGUGGUGUUUUCGCUUCAGCUGCUCAAUAAUGAGCUUCUGGACGAGCGCAGUAAAGCUCGUCGCUUGGAGAAAGAAGCCGCUGAAACCGAAACCCGAAUUGCUCAGCUGCAAUCCAGAGUAGAUACCUUGAAAGCGGAUCUUCGAAAGGCAGAAAGCGGUCAGUACAGCAAUAUCACUACGCCAGCUGCAGGAUGGGGAUCCCGUCGUAUGAACAAGGCGGCCAAAAUGGAGGUUUGCUACAUUGAUUCCAUAUUUCUAUGUCUUGGACGCAAUAAGAAAGCAUUGAAUGCUGAGAUUAGAGCAAAGUGCGAGCUUCAAGAAGAGCUGAGCAAAACGCGGUCGGCUUUGUUUGCGUCGAAGGCCCGCUUGGACGAAUGCGAAGAAAGGUUGGCGGCGGCGAGGAAGGAGAAUGAGACAUUGAAAGCAGAACUACGUGCUGGUAACCGUGACAGUGUCGAAGAUGGUCGUGCGUUCUUCAAUAUGGUCCCCGAAGGUCGAACAUCUACACCGCGUGAGUCGGUGCACAAUUCCUUUAAUACCGAUUACGAGAUUUCGAACAGCAGGAGAUACGGUGUACCUGGGAUUCCCUCACCAGCACCACCGCCAGCGUACGAGAACACGGUUAGGCACAGUCAAACCCCGUCGACAGCUUCCACUAUGCUAGUAGGAAAUCGAGGAGCCAGCCCCAAGGUGAUCCAAUCGCUGAACAAUGCUUUGAGUGGGCGUGGUCAUCAGUUUCAGCACGUUCACUUGAAUGCGCCUACGAAAUGUGGACAUUGCACGUCGAUAUUGGUUGGAUUAGAUCGUCAAGGGUUGUACUGCCAAACCUGCCACUAUGCAUGCCAUGUGCAUUGCUCGUCUCGAGUUGUACCGCAGUGUCCUGUACCACCAGACGCUCGUCGACCACUUGGGAUAGAUCCGCUCAAAGGUGUCGGAACCGCGUAUGAAGGAUUGGUAAAGACGCCUCGUGCGGGUGGUGUGAAAAAGGGCUGGCAACAUACAUAUGUUGUUGUAUGCGACUUCAAGCUGUACCUCUACGAUUGUGUUACGGAUAGGCAAAAUAAGGCUAAUGAAAUCCAGCCGGUUAUUAGACAGGUUCUCGAUAUGCGGGAUCCUGACUUUGGUGUCACAGGCGUCAAUGAGCAGGAUGUCAUACAUGCUAAUAAGAACGAUUUGGCUAAAAUUUUCCGCAUCACGACCAGUCAAAUUCAAGGUUCAUCCAUGGCGGACGAAGGUAACAUGACAAGGCAAUAUACGCUGUUGAUGGCGGAUAGCCAAGAGGAACGAAAGAAGUGGGUCAUAGCCUUGAAUGAGCUGAAAACCUUGCUCAAGAGGUCUCGAUUGGCGGACAGAAGUGCUUUCACCGUGAAGACGCUUGUUGCUGUCGGAGGCGAGAAAGAAAACAAGGGUCGCUUUAUCGAAAAAGUGGAGUUCAAUGCGUCCGAGCAGUUGCUUUUGGUCAUGGUUGGUCCUCCGAAGGAAAGGCAUGUCCGCUUGGUUCCGUCAGCUGCACUAGAUGGGCGUGACUUGAAAUGGAUCAAGGUUGCCGAGACGAAAGGUUGUCAUCUGAUGGCAAUGGGUGCCGGUUCUAUGGCUGGCACGGCUUCCGCUGGUCCAGCUGGAAACGUCCACUAUAUAGCGGUUGCGAUAAAGAAGAGCGUAAUUGUGUACCAGAUUGACAGAAGUGAAAAGAGGCACAGGAAAUGGAAGGAGUUAGCGAUGCCAGGUUUCCCACAGUCUCUGGCAAUUGAAGGCGGUCGAUUGGUUGUUGGCUUUACCCAUUCGUUCCGUGCGUGGGCCUUAGGAGAUCAAAGCAACACCAAGCAUAUCUCUUUGGUCAACAUGGAAGAUCAAUCUCUGCAGUUCCUUAGUCAGUCGAAUUACGAGGCUCAACUCAUGAUCGAGGUAGCCGGCGAGUCCACUGAACCAUUGUCGAGAGAGUAUCUGCUAGUCUUCGAUAAAAUCGGACUCUACGUUGAUGCUCAAGGCCGAAGAAGUCGAUCGCAAGAACUGAUGUUCCCAUCGGCACCACGACCUGGAGGCUUCGCCCACCUGAGCCCUCAUCUAUGUGUAUACUCUGAAAAUCAGAUCGAUGUCUUCAAUGUGAUGUCGGCCGAGUGGAUUCAGACGAUCAACCUCAGGACUGCCUUUCCUCUUACAUCGAAUGGUCUUCUCUCAUUGUGUGUGGUGAACGAUGCGCCGUUCGUUGUGAUGCUGUGUGACGUACUUUCUGAUGAAGAUUCGUUAUAUGUACCUCACUCAAUGGCAAGCAAUUCAUCAACUUCGCUUCCAAAGAGGAAACAAGGAAAACGGAAAUUCUCCGUUCGCGUGCCGGGAAAGGAUGAAUCACGGCCGGGCGAUAGGCGAAGUAAUCUUCCUAUAUCUGGUCCAAGUGACUUCAUGCAUAUUGUUCAUAUGGGACCAGGCUCGGUUCAUGAACUGCAGAGCUUUAUCGACUUACAACCCCAAGGUGGAGCACACAAUCAGUCGGCAGGAGAACGGGUACGUGGCCUUAUUCCGAUAAUGAGAAGCACGAGCUCAUCAUCGGCCAGCACACACCCUGUGAAACAACUCGGUGGCUCCAAACAGGAUAUUGAGCAAAUGCAUCGGACAAGGCCUCUCAGCACGACCAGUAAAAGUUCAGAAGGAUCCUCAUUAGGGCGAGAUGGUAACACCACAACGUCAUCUACGAGCUGUGAGAAUCCUUACUUGGAGCCGACGUCGAAGCAGCAAGCGAAUCUUUCGGCGCUUCCGCAAUCUCCAUCAUCACCGUUGAGCAGGCCUCAGUAA